AUGUCCGGCGCUUUGAAUUGGGCAAUAUUGUUGAAGUUCGAUGACGGUGUCGAGUGGGUUUUCCGAUCGCCCAGGACGAGAUAUGCUGUUGUUGGCGAUACUGCCGCCUGCCGUCUUUUGGCUAGCGAGGCCGCUACGCUGAAGUAUAUCCGCAAACACACUUCUAUUCCUGUUCCAGAGGUGUUCCAUUAUUGCGUGACCGACCAGAAUGAUAUCGGAAUCCCGUACAUCCUUAUGAGCAAGGCUGCCGGCAAUCCUCUCGCAACGUACGACUGGCAAACGUAUAACCAUGAGCGCCCUAAGCCUGCAAGUCCUACAGACCCGGUACGGGCUAUGACUCGGGACGAGAAGGGGAAGAUUAUGAGACAGCUUGGAAACUACGCGUGUCAGCUAUUCCAAUUACGGUUUGCUACAAUUGGAUCCCUCUUCGAACAGGAUGGCGAAGAUUACAACAUCGAGGAGUGUCUCUCCCCCGGUCAUGUUCUCCACGGCCGCGACGAUAUUGAAGAUAUCUCGCGUGGCCCGUACCAUGGAGAGCCGACUACUACUCCUCCUCGUCUCUGCCCUUCUUCUACAUGCUGA